AAAAGAAUGGCAUUGAGACAGAUUUCCAGCAACAAUGGAGGAUUGCAGAAACUUUUUGAACAUGACAGUGUUGAACUGACCUGAAAAAUGAAAUUUGCUAUCUACUUACCACCAAAAGCAGAAACUGGAGAAUGCCCUGCACUAUAUUGGCUCUCUGGUUUAACUUGCACAGAACAGAAUUUUAUAUCAAAAUCUGGUUAUUAUCAGGCUGCCUCAGGACAUGGCCUUGUUGUCAUUGCUCCAAAUACCAGUCCUUGUGGCUGCAAUAUUAAAGGAGAAGAUGAGAGCUGGGACUUUGGCACAGGUGCUGGGUUUUAUGUGGAUGCCACUGAAGAACCUUGGAAAACUAACUACAGAAUGUACUCUUAUGUAAUGAAGGAGUUUCCCCAACUUUACAAUGCCAAUUUUCCAGUGGACCCCCAAAGGAUGUCUAUUUUUGGCCACUCCAUGGGAGGCUAUGGAGCUCUGAUUUGUGCUUGAAAGACUCCUAGAAAAUACAAAUCGGUCAAAUUUGCUCCAAUUUGCAAUCCAGUGCUCUGUUCUUGGGGCAAAAAGGCCUUUAGUGGAUGUUUGGGAACAGAUCAAAGUAAAUGGAAGGCUUAUGAUGCUACUCAUCGUGUGAAGUCCUAGUCAGGUUCUCAACUGGACAUACUAAUUGAUCAAGGAAAAGAUGACCAGUUGUUUUCAGAUGUACAGUUACUACCCAAUAACUUCAUAGCUAUUUGUACAGAGAAGAAAACCUCUAUUGUUUUUAGACUAUAAGAGGGUUAUGAUCAUAGCUACUACUUCAUUCCAACCUUUAUUACUGACAUCAGACAUCAUGCAAAAUAACUGAAUGCAUGA